AUGCUGGAGGCAGAUACCGAAUCUGGAGCAUAUUGGAAGAAAUGCGGCGAUGAGGCGCUCGCCCAUGGCGUGAAAGGGAUCAUUAUCAUGGGUGCCCAUUGGGACUGCCUCGGGGACAAAAUGGAAAUUGCCACCAACCCUGCCCCUGGGAAAUCUCCCUGCCCGUAUGUCACGCAGUCACUGUUCACGGAGUGGACCCCCAACCCAGACAUUCCCACAGCUCAUCGAUGCAUCAACAUGCUGAAAGCCGAAGGUUUCAACGUCUCGGAAAAUCCGAACUUUGACUGGAUCCACGACACUUUCAUGGUGCUGAUCCGGAUGUUUCCCGACGCCAGCAAAUGCCCCCCGACGACCAUCAUCUCGAUGAACGCACGGUACGACCCGCACUACCACAUCCGCGUCGGCGCGACACUACGUCCGCUACGACGCGAAGGCUACCUUUUCGUCGGCACCGGAGGAGCGGUGCACAACCUGUACCGCAAUGUUUGGCGUCCAAUGCUCUUGUACCGCGACAGCCUCGGCCAGGAGCAGCCACCGGAGACCUGGGCUCUAGACUUUCGACAGGCAACAGAGGACGCCAUUACCCGGAACUCGGGUCCGAAGUUACGGAAGGCCGUAGCCAGGCUCAUGAAGCACCCUCAAUAUCGCGAUGCUCAGGCGACCGACGACCACUUUAUGCCGGCCUUGUUUUGUGCGGGAGCUGCUGGUGACUGGGAGGAUGUGAAUACCACCAAUGUGUUGGGCGCAGAGACGUGGGAACUGACCAACAUGUGCAAUUCGCAAUUCACAAUGGGUUCUUAUGGAGAACCAGGGCGGGUAUUGGGAAAUGGUGCUGUAGCUACCCCGGUCGGUGCCUGA